AUGUUAUCAAUAAUAAAUAAACACCAAAAAUUUAAAAAUUUAUCAAAACAAAUAAAUAAUAUAUAUUUUAAUCAAAAUUUAAUAUAUAAUAAUAUAUAUGAAAAUAAUAAUAAUAAAUUAUAUUAUAGUAAUAGUAGAUCAACAUUAACAUUAACAUCAACAUUAACAUCAACAUCAACAUCAUCAACUAUAAAUAAAAAACAAAUUAAGAUUAAAAAUAAUGGUGAAACAAUUAAAAUUAAUAAUUAUGGUAUUAAUAAAUUUAUUGAAGAAUUUAAUUAUCCAUAUGAUGAUAUAUUAGCAGCAACAACAACAAUCAAUGGUGGUGGUGGUGGAGUUGAUAAUUUAAUGGUUCAACCAAAAACUAGUUAUAAAGAUAAAUUAGAAGUAUUUGAAGAAGUUUUAUCAAUUAGUAUGGAUGAAGCUGGUAAAGGUGCAUUAUUAGGACCAUUAUUUAUAUCAUGUGUAGUAUUAGAUGAUGAAAGUGAGAAAUAUUUAAAAAGUAUGGGAGUAACUGAUAGUAAAAAGUUAUCACCAAAACGAAGGGAAUAUCUAUACGAUAUUAUCAUUGAACAUGCAUUAUACUAUCAAACUAUUAUACUCACCUCUGAAAAGAUAGAUCAACGUCGUGAACUUCAUACUAUGAAUCAAAUUGAAACCAAUCUAUUCUACCAAUUAAUUAAAGAUUCAAUUAAUAAUUUACCAAAGAAUCAACAAUGUAAGAUUAUAAUUGACUCGAUUGAAAUGAAUACUCAAAAGUAUUCUCAACCUUUUAAAAUGGAAUUCCCACCACCACUUUACCAAAUCUAUUGUGAGACUAAAGCCGAUCAUAAAUUCAUUUCAGUUGGUGCUGCAUCAAUAAUUGCAAAAGUUGAACGUGAUCGUUGGAUGAAACAAUUGGAAACCAAUACCUCUCACAUCAUUGGUUCAGGUUAUCCAAGUGAUCCCCUAACUAUAAGCUAUGUAAAUAAUUUCUUUAAAAAAUAUUAUGUUUAUCCAAAUUCAAUGAGAAAAAGUUGGAAAUUUACAGGUGCCGAUAAAGAAUUUGAUAAUUUAUCUUCAACUUUAGAUGAUGGUAAUAAUAAAAAUAUUAUUGAUCAAGAUGAUGAAUUAUUAUCAUUAAUUCACAAACAAAAAGAAAGAGAAAAUAAUUUAUUAAAUUUAGAAUUACAACAAUCAUUUUCUUCUUCUUCUUCUUCUUCCUCUUCCCCCUCUAAUAUAAAUUCUUUAACAAAAAAAGAACAAAGAGAAUUAUUAAAAAAAGAAAAAGAAUCAUUAAAAUUGGAAAAAGAAGCAUUAAAACUAGAAAAAGAAAAUAAAAGAAAAGAAAAACAAUUAGAAAGAGAGAGAAAUAAACAAAAUAAACCACCAACAACUAAACAAAUUUUAGAUUUAUUAUUAUUAAAAUUAAAUAAUUUAGAAUCUAAAAUUGAACAAAUUCAAAAGAAACAAGAAAUUAUAGAUAAUUAUAAUAAUAAUAAUAUAAAUAGUAAUAAUAAUAAUAAUAAUAAUAAUAAUAUUUGA